CAUAAGUUCUGCAACGCUUCGAGGUGGUACGCUGGCUUUGGACUGAUUGCUGGAGCCAGUAUUUGAAGCUUGUGCGUGAUGAUGAUGCUCGGGCUGGGCCGUCGUCGCCACGGCGAGCUGACCACGAGGGACUGGUUGAUCUCGGGCGCGGCCGGCGCGUGGGGGCUGACCUUCUUCAUUCUGGCAGUGGCAUACACAUCCGCGCCAUCGGGUCAGCGUCACACGGCGCUCGGUCUCGGCAUUGUGCUGCUGCUCAUCGCAGUCGGCCGGCUGAUGGCCAUCAAGAUCUUCGCGGCCCUUGCCGACGACACACACGCGGCGGCCACUCCGCCUUUGCUGGCAAACGCCCCCGCCAGAGCUGCGCCCAUAUCUGUAGCCCAUCCAGAGGCCCCGCCCGCCUACACCCCGCCGCCGGGGCGGGUUGCCAAGUUUGGCUGAGUCUUCGCUUGCGGCGACAGUGACCAUUCCACACCGUUCUGUGUAGUCAUCGCUCCACUGCCGCGCGAUGGCCACGGUGCCGGUGCAUGAGGUGCAGGGGGGAAGGCCUACAGCUCAUGCAGGGCACGGGUAUCAAAGAAAUACGAGGCGAGUGGGAAGAACCUCGAGUCGUCGGCCAAGUACAAGUACACACACACCAG